AUAUUGUCUGAUCACACUACUGCUGGUCCUUUAGCCGACCCAUGCAACUACCAUGCUGUCCCCAACUAUUUCCUUUCUUCCAGAAGAUUUUGGUCAUUUCCCUCUCUCUCUCUCUCUCUCUCUCUCUCUCUCUCUCUCAAAAACUUGAUGAACACGCUGCAGAUAAGUACUUCCAAAGACCAAACAGAAUCUUCAUUCACCUUAACUAAGUCCCUAUCUCUAGAUUUCCUCCACAUUUUUUAGCUUUGUCGACGUUGCCAUUCUGCAAUUGUUAUAUGAGAUGGACGAUCUUCAACUGGGCCUGGCACUAAAUCCAGUAGUUCAUGACACUCCAGUAGUAAAGGUGGUGACGUUCGACCUAAAUCAUGAUCAUCGCGAGCUUCAACCGGUGGGUUCCGAACCAUCGAACUAUCAUGCCUGUCUGGAAAGCCAAAAAUACGCCAAAAACAAACGUAAUUCUGAGGAUGCAUUUGGAAAGACAGGAGAUCAAUACAUGACACAAACACUCCCCCUCAUGAAGUUGUGGAGUGGCCAACCAAACGAGGACGAUGAUCCGAAAGGACAAAAGAAGUCUUGCAUCAUCAACAAGAAAGAAGAGGAAGAAAAUCAUGUGGUGGGGUGGCCACCUAUAAAACCAAUAUGGGUUAAGAAACAGCUCCAUCAGCAUCAAGGUGGGCAAAUUAAGAUCAGUGAUCGGACGGCCGAGAGAGCUGGUACUGGACCAAACUCUUUGUAUGUGAAGGUCAAGAUGGAGGGGGUACCAAUAGCAAGGAAGAUUGAUCUGAGGCUCUAUCACUCUUAUCAGAUGCUUAGAGACAGCUUGAUCACCAUGUUUGCUAAAUAUUAUCACCAACAAACUGAGAAAAAUGGUGCAAGCUGCUGCUACACACUCACCUAUCAAGACAAAGAUGGAGAUUGGCUGCUUGCAGGAGAUGUUCCUUGGCAAAGUUUCAUGGAGUCUGUGCAGCGUUUGGAGAUUAUAAGGAAUGACGGUUGAUCGCUGUAAUAAUGAAUUAGAUAGAUUGAUGAUAACUCACAUGAAUAUAAGAGUAACAAGUGCUUGAUGAUCAAUAUGCAUGGAUGGGAUAAAUCAGAUCCAAAAGAGACAUAUAUGUACCUGAUAUCGGGUGUAUUUUCGGUUUUAUUAAUGUCAGAGUCUCAAUUUCAAUUGACUUAUAUUGUAUUAAAAACAAAUACUAGAAGUAGAAACUAUAUGUAUUUCGCCAUAUAUAUGAGUUUCGACACCU